GGAAAGAUGCCUGAUUUGACCUCUCCAAGGAGCUGACCAUGAAGCAGAAACGAAAGAUGCAACAUCUGGAAAACACAUACUCUACCCAAACUGAAAAGACAUCGAGAGCAAUCUCUUCCGUAUACACAGGUGCUUCACAGUCUUUGGAGGAGAAGAUCCAGUUACAUGAAGGAAAAGAGACAUCCUCUGAAUCAGAAUACUACACCUGCCAAUCCACUUUGCGUAAACUCCCUUCCACUGAACCCUGGAAAUCUCAAGUAACCUUUCCUGAGACAAGCACAGCAGUCCCAGCCUGCAGUCAAGCAGAGAGAGACAGCUUCUCCAGCUCGGAAUACUUCUCCUGUGUCUCCUCUCCAAGCAAGAACCUUCUGGCUGAUGAAGAUGGAAUUCAGAGAUUCAAACAAAAAUAUUGCAUUUGCUCUUCAGAGCUGCCCCUGCAGAUGUUCACCCCAUAUCAGCGGAACUGUUUUCAUUACCACUUAGCCAAUGAGCCCUGCACACCGGAAAUACAUAGGAGAAAGGAAAGGGAAAUGAAAGUUUACUAUAUGCAUGUUCCGAGUAAAAGAGAGAUGGCUGGCUUAAACAAUGCAUCACAACCACUGGUCCCUCCGCCAAGGCAGCAGCAAGUACAAGAAAUGGUGUUUCCCGGGAAGAUCCCCAUCGAGACCAACCUCCCCAUCAUGUCUGCUUGGGAACUGCUAACAGAGAGCGAGUGCUGCUGGGAUGUGGAAGAACACAAGGAGAAGGUGGGGGUGCGGGAGCAGAGCAUGGCAAGGCAUCCCCCUCUGGAGGAGAGCCCCACGGCCAGGCCGCCCAAGUGGCUGCUGAGCCCUGAGAGUGGCUACAAGUGCUUGGGCUGCUGCCGUGUCUUCCCCAGCAAAGACGCCCUGCAGUGGCACGUGCAGCAUGGGGUGGAGGAGGGCUUCAGCUGCCGCGCCUUCCACCUUGCCUUUGCCUGGCUGAAGAGCAAGAGCAUGAAGGAGAAGAAGAAUUGGGGAAACAAGAAAGUCAGAAAAAUCACAUGUGGAAGCAAAAUAGCAAAAGAGUCUUGGCAUAAGUGGAUUAGACAUUUAUGGAGCCAAAUACAUCAGCUGUUUCCCUACAUAAAAGGUAACUUCGACGUCAAAAGCAAGCACCUUAGAGCAACAUGCGGAGCUACAAUGGGAAUUCAGAGACUUGAGGGGCCUGUGGGAGCACAGCCGAGACAGUGGCUCUGGGAACAACGGAGACCAGCGCUGGGAGGCCUGGGCACACCACGGGAAGCAGUGUAACCCACCCAUCAAUGCACCCCCACCCACCUCACCUCGCUGCUUGCUGUCAACGCUCUACCAAACUCUAGCAUUAAGGGUUGUAAGCAUC